UCACGAUCGCCAUAUCGCUCACUCGUCUCGCUUUGUUAUUUCUGAUAUUUAAUAAACUGGAGCCUCUUAAUCACCCGGAAAUUAUUGAAUACCCUGAGAUCAGUGUUCUGUGGUGGUUUGACGCUGCUAUCUGAUUUAAAAUCAGUGGAAAUAAGCGGAAUUAACGUUUCAGACAGUGAAGUAAUUCAAUUAUCCUAAUGGAGGAGAAAAAACCACAAGGGCGUGGUAAAAAAUUUAAAAAAUUGAAAAAAAGUAAAGCCGUGACUCAAGCGGCUGAAUCUGAAAUUGAGGACAAUCCAGAGGACAAUUUGGAGGAAAGGUUUGAGAUCGCAGACGAAGCAGAGAAAGACGUGGAGACCCCCCACAAUUCUUCCGCAAAAAAACCGAGACUCCUUCGUUCGCCAAAAUACGAGCCAACGAGAUUGGAGGACAGCGUUGGCCAAGUUCUACAUCGUUUCAAACGUGGCUGUGAAUGCCAAGACGACCAGUGUUUCAAAGGACUGAAUCCAGAGGCUGUUUAUCGCCACCGACUGAACAUCGCCGAGUUGACAAAAGCCGAGCACGAUAUGUAUCUGAUGGGAGUGACAAUGGCCUGUCUCACCGAUCCCCAUCAAACAGCUAGGCACACAGAGAGACGUAGACUUCGUGCACAAUACGUUUAUCAGGGCCGUCGUGUAUGCCUCGAUGCAUUUCUGUACUUGGAGAACGUAACUCACUAUCAGAUAAAACGAAUAAGAAAACACUUAAUUACCCAUGGAGUCACCCCUCGAGUUCAUGGGAAUCACGGAAAAAUUCCCCACAAUACGUUCUCCCUCGACAUAUAUAAAAUAGCUACGGAAUUCCUGAAGAAUUUUCUGAAACAACAGGAAGCCAAGCAGAAGACAAAAGCUGUGAAGAAUGCACCACUCCAUCUUCCCCCUGAGAUAUCCAGGAAAACAGUUCACGAUUUGUACAAGGAGUACUGCAAGAAGCUCUCGCCAUCGAUAAAAUUCAUGGGCUAUUCGACAUUUCGGAGAUUUAUGAAAGUUCAGUUUCCCCAAGUGAAAUUCGCCAAGUUGGAGUUCGUCGUUAGAACACCUGGUGCUGCUAAUCAGGGAAAAGUAGAGGAGGCUGUGGAAGAGAGGAGUGAACCUGUGCAGUUUGUCACUGAGAGUCCAGACAUGGUACCUAUUGUUAUUGCGUCAGGUGGUAUCGAGCAAAGCAGCAAUACUUAUUUUAUCACACCAGUUAGCAAGUUGCCGGAGGGAGUCAGUUAUCAGUUGACUACUAGUGGGUUAAUAGUUAACAGAUCAGGCUUGCCGGUCACUGUGACUAGUAUCGGUUCUAUUUGAGGGAGAAUGGCCAUGUGGAAUAACCGGUUGUUUUGUUUGCUUGAGUUUAUUAAUUAUUAUUAAAGUGAUGAGAAAUAUGUUUUAAAUGAAGGUAUCUGCAACUCGCAUUCAACUUUAAUUAUUUUGGAAGGGGAACAAUUUUUUGAUGAAAUCCCGAAAGACCUUCUUUUGUAG